AUGACCCGUAUCAGGCGGAUCAUUGUGGCACCCAAGCCACCGAUGCGGCACAAGAACCCGAAGGGAAAGGCGAAGGCGGGCGUGGAAGAGAGCUUCAAGGCGAGCCCGAUUCUAGAUGAAGAAGUCCCAGCCAGAAGGUUUGCCAAGGAAGAAGACGACUUUAACAAAAAAAGGAUAUCUAGUGAAGAAGCAAUCGAGUUCCUACGAAUCAUCCAGCAAAGCGAGUUCAAGGUAAUUGAACAACUCAAUAAAACCCCAGCUAGGAUCUCCCUGUUGGGACUACUCAUGAACUCUGAGCCUCAUCGGGCGCUAUUGGUCAAGAUUCUAAAUGAAACCCACGUAGCCCAAGACAUAUCUGUGGAAGGUUUCAGGGGCAUAAUCAACAAUAUCACGGCCAAUAAUUACCUCACGUUCGCCGAUGAAGAGAUACCCGUGGAGGGCCGGGAGCACAACAGAGCCUUGCAUGUAUCUGUCAAAUGUUUGGACCACAUUGUGGCCAAAGUGCUUAUUGACAACAGCUCUUCACUUAAUGUCAUGCCCAAUGCCACUUUGGGCAAGUUACCUUUUAAUGCAUCACACCUAAGGCCAAGCUCCAUGGUGGUGCGGGCUUUCGAUGGCAGCCGCCGGGACGUAAGAGGGGAGAUCGAUCUCCCGAUUCAAAUUGGACGCCACAUAUGCCAAAUUACUUUCCAAGUGAUGGACAUAAACCCUACCUAUAGCUGCUUACUAGGCCGACCAUGGAUUCAUUUAGUGGGGGUGAUCCCUUCAACGCUACACCAAAAGCUGAAAUUUGUGGUGGAAGGGCAGUUAAUCAUAGUCUUGGGAGAAGAAGACAUUCUUGUGAGUUGUCCUUCUUCUACGUCUUAUGUGGAAGCCAUGAAGGAGUCCUUGAAAACAUCCUUUCAAGCAUUGGAUGUGGUAAGCAAUGCUUACGUUGAGUCUCCCCUAGUACAACCGCGCUCAUCUGGGGCAGCAUUGAUGGUGGCUCAGGUGAUGUUAGGACAUAGAUACGAGCCCGGAAUGGGUUUAGGGAAGAACAAGGAUUGCGUGGCAAGUUUGGUAGAGUUCACAGGGAACCAUGGAAGGUUCAGACUGGGAUAUGAGCCAACAGGCGCUGACGUGAGGAGGAGUGCCCUAGAAAGGAGGGGAAGAAGCAUGGGCCAGCCGCAAGGGUUGCAAGUGAAAGGGGUUCCCUUGUGUCACAUCAACGAAAGCUUUGUUAGCGCGGGUUGGAUGUGCGAAGGACAAGUCACCAUGAUACAUGAAGAAACCCCUCAAGAGCAACCAAAUCGGGUGCAACCGUGCCCUCCGGAGUUCGAAUUGGGGAACUGGCGAAUAGUCAAACAACCCGGAAUUUCCGUGGUGAGCUUAAUGUAA